AUGGGAUCGAGAGGCGAGUCAGAAGAUCACACGUUUGAUCCGAACUACGUCCCACCAGAUACAGUUGAUUUGGAAACUCAAAAUCUCAUAGCUAAGCUUGUUGCUGAAGAAACAAACGCUGAUCGUUUCCCUGAAGACGAUGUAGCUUGCGUUCCAGGAAACAAAGGAAGCAAAAGAAAGCUUAUCAGUCUUGUAGAUGAAACUGAUGAUUCUGAUGUUGAGAUCACUCCGUCAUCUCAAAAAACCAAGCCUCGCAGAAAGACUUCUUUUGGAACUGCCUCGAGGAAACCGAUGUUGCAAUCCACUAUAGAUGGUGGCGUUGGCUCAUCCUCGCAGGCGUGUAGGAAGACUGUUCCUAUGAAGUCUGUGAUUCGUGGAGGGAGAAGAAAGGCCGUGCCUACUCAAUCACCAAAGAAGAAGGUUGUGCUUUCUAAGUUGCAAAAGAAGAAGGAGAAG